AUGGUUCUCGAAUGGACGUCCUCGCGAUUCGGCCAUACCUUCUAUACGAAGGACGGAGAAUCGUUCGAAUGUCCGUGGGGCUUCUGCUUCCCGCCAAUCAACAUGCCGGCGCACAUCACGAUAGACGACCUUGUCAGAGCAGAACCUUUGCCACCUCGUGAAUUGCCCUGGUCGUACGAAGCCGACAAACACCUCUUCUCCGAGCCAGUCUGCCCCGCGCCACCCUCGGAGCGAUCGGUAUCCCCGACGCCCUCUGAAGUGGAGGUGGUGCAGACUGUCCUGCCACACGAGCCACCAUCUCCUCCUCGCUCGCCACCACCGCUCGACUGUGUGUCUUCUCCCUGCUCCAACUUCGACUACCCUGUCGCCGACCGCUACGGGGCCGCGACCUUCGUUCCCCAGCGCGAGAUUUUGCCCGAUCCGAAGCCGCUCGUGCUGAGCACCGCGAUCGUCAAGAUCAUGGCGGAGGUGACAAAAGAUAUCGGCCUUCGGCAUCGCGCGAUCCCCAUGGUCGAGAAUGCGACUGGCAAGUGCUACGGGGAUGUUCAGGCGUUCAACAUCCCCGAGGUGGUCGCCAACUACCUUGAAGAGCGUGCUCACAGGCUGAAGGAGCUCGUCGAUGGCUUUAAAGACCCCGAGGGUCGCAAGAGGGCCUACGAGAGUGCGAUUGAGAGGUGGCAAGAGGCGGCCGCUGCUGCAGAGAAGUCGAGAGAGGCGGCGGGGAAGGCGACGGGGAAGGCUCCGAAGAAGGGAAGGGCUUCGUCGAAGGCGAGCGCGAAGGCCGGUUCGAAGCGCAAUCGCAGCGAGGAGGACGAAGAAGCCAGCGAUAGGCCUGCGAAGAGGGCGCGGGGCGGUCGGGGAAGCGACAUGAGCGAGCGCAUCGAGCAAGCUCGCAACGAUCCAACGGUCAAGUCCUACGGCGCCCACCAUAUCAUAUGCGCCGGAUGUGAUGAGGAGAUCGCUGCCGAGGGCAGAAGGGACCUGUAUCUCUGCAGCCUCCGGAACAAGCACAAACUAGAGAAGUGUGCAGGGCUGGCGCGGUGGGCUACCCAGCCACCAAGCCAGGAGGAUAUGAAGGCCUGGCAGGCGGCGCGCAACAAGUGUGCCGAGAUUUCGCAGGUAUACCUAUUGGCGAAGGACCGCAGGAUUCACAAGUGUCAGUGCCGGCGGCUCGGCGCCGGCCUUGAGGAGGACCGUCUCCUCCGUUACGAGGCAAACAAGCAGCGCGUCGCCGACGGCAAUGCAGCGCGGGCGGCGCAGGCGUAAGGCUAUCAGGUCAUAGCUAUUGCCCUGUAUUUCGGUGAGUUCAUCUCUUGACUCUGCGCCAAGGACGACGUUGACCACAGU